UUCCACUCCUCGCCAUCCCAUCUUCUCACCCCCUCCACAUCCCCUUUGGGUUGCUCUCUCCCUUUCCUCCCGUCUUCUUUGUCGAUCUCUCUAUCUUGUCCGGGGUGUUCGUUUUGACUGUGUUCGAUUCUUUCCUUUCCCUUCCGAUCCGGUUGCUCCGCUCGCUCCGCUCAUUAUGAGCUCGCAGCGUUAUCAAAGGGUUAACGCCCACGAUGAAGACGACCACCUUCAAUCUCAAUCGUCCAUCCCUCUCCGACCCAGCCCGACCCCGAACUCCCCUCCCCCUUCCUUUCGUUCUCGCUCAUCCUCUUUCUCUUCCCGACGCCUUCUGCCCAACGAUGACCCUCGCCGACACGAUGCCGACCAGACCCUAGCCGAUGCCUUCGGGGACGGCAGCGAUUCAGAACCUGACGACGAGCCUGAUGACCGUCAGCGGCUAAUGCGGGCCCAGCCAGAACCCUGGGCCAUGGCAGACAAUCACAGCAGUGCGGCAGCAGCGAACACCGCAGCGGCAUCCUCAUCUGGAGGAACGGGCGCCAGCCCUGAGGCGUCCUCAGGGGAGAUUCGCGGUACCGGAGGCAUCCAGCGACGACCAACCAUCUUGCCGUCCUUCAGCACCCCCAGCUCUGGAGCAAGCCGGGUGGUUACUUCGGCGAACGACGGUGUGUUCGCCAAUCUGGCAGCCAAGCCCGAGCGUGGGGAGAAGAACGAGGAUUUACCACCGUCCUACGAAGAAGCGGCAGCUGACGCCACCCCGCCAUACUGGGAGACGACGAUUUUGGCCCCUGGUAUCUCUUCGGACGAGGUUUUCGUGGACGGGCUGCCGGUCGGCUCGAUCUUCUCGUUCGUUUGGAAUGCUAUGAUCUCCAUGUCUUUCCAGCUGGUCGGCUUCCUCUUGACUUAUCUACUCCACACCACACAUGCAGCCAAAAACGGUAGCCGGGCGGGUCUCGGUCUGACUUUGGUGCAAUACGGCUUCUACAUGAAAGGCGGCAAUGAGUCGAAAGGGUCGGACGAAGGCGGCGCCGACUAUGUCACGCCUCCCGAUCCAAACAGCCACAGUUUUGACCCUAAUAAUGUUGAUGGCAGCACAGGAGGUGACGGAGGCGGUGGAGGCAUGUCCGGCAUCACCACGAGCGAAUGGAUUUCCUAUGUGUUGAUGAUUGUCGGGUGGUUUAUCCUGAUUCGAGCCAUUAGCGACUUCUUGCGAGCGCGACGUCACGAGCAGCUUGUGCUGCAGAGCCCUGAACGUGGGCUUAAUGUGCCAAUCAUUGCGACCGGCGAGCGAUCGGAGACGGUUGUUUAAGCCUGUCUUGGAUUAUAUGGUCUUGGAGAUGGAUCACGGGCAUAUACAUUUGGAAGGAGCAUUGGCGUUCAUGCGGUGACUGUCAUUUCGUUUCUUUUUUCUUUCUUUAUUUCUCUCUCUCUAUCCAGACUGUCUGUCUGUCAUUCCCUCGACAUUCUUAUGGCUUGACCUUGGAUGGUUGUAUCUACCUAGAGUGGUUUGAUGGACGAAUGGGGAAUGAUCAAUGGCAGUCGGGACUGGAGGACUGUAGGUCCAAGGGCUUUUUUUUGUUUUGUUUUCUUUCUUUCUCAUGAAGAUAUAUUGUUAGCGAGAUACCAAACACCAAUCUGCCAUCAUCUCAA